AUGAUAGCCACAACAACUACGACACGAGCCAUAUUGCUGAGCUCGGUGGGCAGCAAGACGUACAGUCUGAUGAGGAACUUAUUGAGUCCGGAUAAACCGGGGGAUAAAUCGUUCACGGAGUUGACGAGCUUGCUUCAGUCACAUUAUAACCCGAAGCCGAGUGCAAUAGUUCAAAGGUUCAAGUUAAAUUCAAGGACUAGAAUGGCCAAUGAAACAGUAACGGAGUAUGUCGCAGUGCUGAGGGAACUGGCACAACACUGUAAUUAUGGGGACAGACUGACAGAAAUGCUACGAGAUAGGCUCGUAUGUGGCAUUGCAGAUGACCGCAUACAACGCAGGUUGUUAGCAGAGCCUGAGUUGUCGUUUGAAAAGGCCUUGAAGUUGGCACAGGCCAUAGAGACGGCGAAUAAAGACAUUUGUGAUUUACAGCCAAGAGCCAUCGAAGGGGUGGGGAGCAGGAGUGUUACCCCACUGCCAAUGCAUAAAGUGGUUGGGGAGCAUAAAUCACCAGGGAAGUCUGGUCAGUAUGCCUGUUACAGGUGUGGCGGAGAACAUCUGGCAAGGAACUGUCAUUUCUUAAAUGAAAAAUGUCAUGCUUGCGGGAAAAAGGGCCAUGUGAAGAAAAUGUGCCGAUCAAUGCCCUCUAGGGACCAGCCGAGAAAGGGGGAGGAAAAAAGCAGUAUGAUGGACAGAAAGGGAAACCAAAAAAUAAAACGGCAGUAUGCACACCACCUGCGUGAAGGUACAAAUCAAAACACCAGGGAAGAUGAGGAAGUGUUUACUAUGUUUAACAUGGAAGAGGCCACGUGGGAAAGAGUCGAUCCCCUCACAACCCAGUUGGACUUAAAUGUCAUGGUGGUAGCAGGUAAUGGACCAAACCUGUUAGGCCGGGCGUGGCUCAAGGAGCUGGAAAUGGGUUGUCUACGGCUCCAUAAAGUAGAACAGCAGGGGCUGGCCUUGCAAGAUGUGCUGGAGAACAAUGAAGAAGUGUUCAAAGAGGAACUGGGGACCUGGAGGGGUCCACCAGCAAAGAUACAUGUUAAAGAAAACGCGACGCCAAGAUUUUACAAACCUCGACCCGUACCAUAUGCAAUGAAGAAGAAAGUGGAGACUGAGUUGGAGCGACUCACCAAGCAAGGUAUAAUUGAACCAGUGAAGUUUUCGGAAUGGGCGGCACCCAUUGUUCCGGUAUUAAAGCCAGAUAAUACGGUACGCAUAUGUGGUGACUACAAGCUAACAGUGAACCAAGUUUCAAAACUGGAGCAGUAUCCAUUACCCAAGGUGGAGGAUGUAUUUGAAAAGCUGUCAGGAGGUGAAAAGUUUAGUAAACUGGACCUCAGUCAGGCAUAUCAGCAAGUAGUUCUGGAAGAAGGGUCAAAGGCAUAUGUCACCCUUAACACACACAAAGGGCUGUUCCAAGUCAAUCGUUUACCUUUUGGGGUUUCCUCUAGUCCAGCUAUUUUCCAGAGAAUAAUGGAGGGACUGGUGGCAGGAAUUCCGAACGUGGCUGUGUAUCUGGACGACAUCCUGUUGACGGGGAGGAACAAUGGCAAGCAUCUGAAGACUUUGAACGAGGUGCUAAGUCGACUGCGAGAGGCUGGUUUACGGGUGAAGAGGAGUAAAUGUGCUUUCAUGGUAAAGGAAGCAGAGUUCCUGGGGUACAAGGUGGAUGCCUCGGGCCUACACCCCCUGCCAGACAAGGUAAAAGCCAUCCAAGAGGCACCUGCACCCACAAAUGUUACAGAGCUGAAGGCUUAUUUAGGCUUACUCAACUAUUAUAACAGGUUCCUACCAAAUCUGUCAAUGCUGUUAGCUCCUUUACAUAAACUGUUAAGGAAGGAGACCCUGUGGACGUGGCAGGAGGAACAAGAGAAAGCGUUUGAGCAGUCCAAGGAACUAAUGCAGUCUUCAGAGGUUUUGGUGCACUACGAUAGUCACAAGGACUUAAUUUUGUCAUGUGAUGCCUCACCUUAUGGGUUAGGGGCAGUGUUGGCACACCGUAUGCCAGAUGGACAAGAACGACCUAUUGGGUUCAUGUCACGAACCUUGACACCAGCAGAGUCAAACUAUUCCCAGCUAGACAAAGAGGGUUUGGCUGUAAUGUUUGGAAUUAAGAGGUUCCACAAAUACCUCUAUGGCAGGAAGUUUACGGUGUGCACCGAUCAUAAGCCUUUGUUGUCACUGUUCAACGAAAUGAAGGCCGUGCCUCAGAUGGUUUCUCCCCGAAUUCAGAGAUGGGCUGUAACAUUGAGAGCUUAUGAAUAUGAGAUUGUUUAUAAGCCCGGAAAACACCAUAGCAAUGCGGACGUGCUGAGCCGUCUGCCGCUACCGGGGCCUCCCCAGUGAGAGGAAAGGGAGGACCGGGUGUUGAUGAUGGAGGACAUCACGUUGGUGUCCGCGAAGGAAUUGAGCGAAUGGACACGAAAAGACCCGGUGUUGACUCGAGUGUUUCAGUGGGCCCAGCAAGGCUGGGCAACACAACAACCUGAUCCAGUUUUCCAGCCUUAUGAAGUGAGGAAAACAGAGCUGAGUGUGCAAGAUGGAUGCGUGUUGUGGGGGGCACGAGUGAUAAUUCCGCCCCCAGGAAGACGUGCACUUUUACAACAGCUGCACCAAGGUCAUGUGGGCAUCACCCGAAUGAAGGCCUUAGCACGAAGUUAUUUUUGGUGGCCAAAGUUGGACCACGACAUUGAAGUAGCUGUGAAAGAGUGUAAAACCUGUCAGCAGCAUCGCAACUUACCUGUGGCGGCACCACUACACCCAUGGGAGUGGCCGAGUAGACCUUGGCAGAGACUUCAUAUAGACUAUGCCGGGCCUUUUAUGGGGGCAAUGUUUUUGAUAAUAAUGGAUGCUCAUUCUAAAUUGAUGGAUGCCUACCCAGUCAAAACACCCACUUCCACCACUACCAUUGAAUGCCUGAGGAAGAGUUUCAGUAGCCAAGGAUUACCCGAGACUAUUGUAUCAGAUAAUGCUUCAUGUUUCAUGAGUGAAGAGUUCAAGGGUUUCCUGGAAAAAAAUGGCAUUGUACACGUUACAUCAGCACCGUACCAUGCGGCUUCAAAUGGCUGUGCUGAAAGGGCUGUCCAGACCUUUAAAGCGAUGAUGAAAAAGACUGGAGACGGAAGUAUGGCAGCCAAAGUAUCAAGGGUGUUAUUCAACUACCGUAUUACACCCCAGUCUACCACGGGAUUGUCCCCUGCCGAGAUGUUGCAAGGAAGGAGAUUAAGAUCCACGUUGGAUCUGGUGCAGCCAAACAUCCGAGCUAAGGUAGAGAGGAUACAGUGGAGGCAAAAAGAACAUCAUGAUCGACGACGGAGAGAGAGGAGUUUCCUGGAGGGAGAUGCAGUGAUGACGCGAAACUUCAGUUAUGGACCUAAAUGGAUUCCAGGGUUUAUUGUCAAGAGCACGGGUCCCCUGUCGUACCAGGUGAGGUUGAAUGGAGGUUUACUGGUGAGGAGACAUGUGGACCAGAUUCUGCGGAGUGUGCAGGAGAAGGACUCCAUGGAACUGCAAGCCCUGGAAAUGCCGUUAGUUCCGGGAGAAGUGCUCGCAGUGGCAGGAGGAUCCCCGAUCGUGGGGGACGAGGGAGACCGCCGGAAUUCGGAAGGAGGGGUUCCCACGGACCUAACUGUUCCAGGGAUGGACACACCAGUACCAGAGAUGGUAACUGUGACACCAGAGUCACCUAGGGUGGUACCAUUGCGCCGUUCUAAGCGGGCACUGGUUAAACCUAGUUACUUGAAGGACUAUCAAUGUUACAAUUGCAUGUCUAGUUUAAAAGAGCAACCUAACUCGAUUGUGGGGUAA